AUGCCACCGAAAAAAUCUAACCUCAACAACGCGAGCAGCAAAGGGUCACGACGUGUUGAAAGAGCUCAGCAAUUACCAGAACAAAUCGAAACAAGAAAUGCAGCUCAAAGAAUCAGGACUGCAGAAAGUCGUGCACAAGAAUCUCAAGAACAGCGUGACAAACGUCUGCAACAGAAUAUUACGAGAACAAGAGCGGCACGAGAACGAAACAUAGCUACAGUACGAGUACUAGAUCGACAAAGGCAACGGAUCAGCCGCUCAUUAACACGUGCAUCAUUCGUUCGGCUUGCCUUUGAAUAUGCACCAGAUAUUAACUACUCAGCGCAUUCAAAAAUUGCUAUCGGUGGAAUGGAUAAAGUAUGUCAAUAUUGUCAGGCAUUGAAAUUUCGGAAUGACGCAGCCGGCAUGUGCUGCGCAUCAGGAAAAGUUGUGCUGUCACCUCUACCCGCUCCGCCGGAGCCUUUAUUAUCCCUUCUUACUGGCAAUUCAGAUGAUUCCAAAUUAUUUUCGCGUAAGAUACGCAAAUUUAAUUCUUGCUUCCAAAUGACGUCAUUUGGGGCAACUAAAAUUUGCGAUCGUGCAUCCGAUGGACGUAAUUUUGAAACUACAUUCAAAAUUCAAGGCCAGGUGUACCAUAAAAUCGGAUCACUGAUGCCAAUGCCUGAUAACAAUCCGAAAUUUCUUCAAAUUUAUUUUAUGGGCGAUUGUGAAGAGCGCGUGACGACUCGGUGCCUGUAUAAUUUUAUUGAACAAGCAGAGGAAAGAGCAAUUGUGAUAUUAUUGGAAAAUUUUUUAGAAGAUCACAAUCAACUAAUUCAAUUGAUCAAAAGAGUUUCGCCACGACUGCAAAAUGACAAUUAUCAAAUCGUCAUAAAAGCCGACAAAGUACCAUUAGGUGAACAUGCUGGUAGAUUCAACGCUCCAACUGUUGAUGAGGUUGCUGUUAUCAUGGUUGGUGAUCCAGUUGACAAAAGAUCUAUAAAAAUUACACGGCGAGACAACACUGUCAGUACGAUUUCGGAUCUACACCGUUCAUAUGACGCACUACAAUAUCCAUUGAUAUUUUGGCAAGGACAAGAUGAAUAUCACCUUAAUAUCAAACAGUAUGAUCCAAAUACCGGUAAAUUUGACAAUUAUCUAUUUACUUUCUUACUAAAUAAUAAAGUUAGCUCAAUGAACUACUACGCACACCGAAUAAUGGUUAGACAACAUCAAGACAAUUAUAUCCUUCGAUAUCGUCAGCUGUUCCAUCAAUACAUUGUUGAUAUGUAUGCUAAGGUCGAAAGCGAACGCUUGCGAUUCCUUCGAUUCAACCAGGCAAAACUACGAUCGGAAGAAUAUAUUCACUUACGAGAUGCUGUUGCUGGAAACAUCGAUGGAAAUUUAAAUCCCAAUGACAUCGGUAAUGCUUUCAUUUUACCUUCAAGCUACAUCGGGAGUCCACGGAACAUGCAGGAAUACAUACAAGAUGCGAUGACUUACGUACGUCAUUACGGCCGACCGGAUUUAUUUAUUACAUUCACAUGUAAUCCGAAUUGGGAAGAGAUACAAACUUUACUAUUGCCAGGACAACAAGCCAUUCAUCGUCAUGAUUUAAUUGCACAGUGGCAAAAGCGAGGUUUGCCUCAUGCCCACAUUUUGGUUUGGCUUAAAGAUAGAAUCCGUCCUGAAGAAAUCGAUCAAAUAAUUUCAGCCGAAAUUCCAGACCCAUUAAUUGAUCAAGAAUUAUUUGAUAUUGUCACCAAACACAUGAUCCAUGGGCCAUGCGGUGCUUUCAACAUGACGUCACCGUGCAUGGAAAAUGGAAAAUGUAAAAAAAACUUCCCAAAGCCGCAUACGAAUGACACGAUCACGGAUAUUGAUGGUUAUCCAAUGUAUCGCCGCAGAAGUACUGAGAAUGGUGGCCACACAUUUACAAUGCGACUGCCGAACUUUCCAAAUCAAGUUGAGUUUGAUAAUCAGUGGGUGGUACCAUACUCACCACUACUUUCAAAAACUUACAAAGCUCAUAUCAAUGUUGAGCUUUGCAGUUCUGUUAAAUCAAUUAAGUAUAUUUGUAAAUAUGUAAACAAAGGCAGUGAUUUGGCCAUAUUUGAAGUACAAAACAUAAAUAAAAAUGACGAAAUAGCACGAUACCAAAUGGGCAGAUACAUUAGCAGCAAUGAAGCUAUUUGGCAUAUUCUCAGCUUUCCCAUCUACGAAAGAGAUCCUGCUGUCCAACAUCUGGCAAUACAUCUUGAAAACGGUCAACGUGUAUACUUCACUGAAGAAAAUGUUCUCCAAAGAGCGUUCAAAGCUCCGAAAACGACUCUAACUGAAUUUUUUACAUUGUGUCAAAAACCUGAUGUUUUUGGCCAAUUCGCGAAGACAUUGGUGUAUGGUGAUGUUCCACGUUAUUUCACAUGGAACAAAUCCAGUAAAAAAUGGGAGCCACGGAAACAAGGAAAACCACAUCCUUCCAUUACAGGCAUAUUCAAAGCUAAGACAUUGGGGAGACUUUACACGGUACAUCCAAAGCAACGUGAGUGCUUCUAUUUACGUUUAUUAUUGGUGAAUGUUCCCGGACCAACGUCUUUUGAAUUUUUACGAACAGUUAAUGGUCGAGUAUUCAAUACAUACCAGGAUGCAUGUCGUGAACUGCAAUUGCUAGAAGACGAUAACCAUUGGGACUUAACGCUUGCUGAUGCUGCGUUGACAUCAACACCGAAUAACAUUCGUCUGUUGUUUGCAAUUAUUUUGACGUCAUAUUAUCCCUCGCAAGCACAAACUUUGUGGGAAAAAUAUAAAAAUUGUAUGACAGAAGACAUCUUGCACCGAAUUAGACAAACAAAUCAAUGCCAAAACAUAGAUUAUACACCAGAGAUGUACAAUGAAGCAUUGGUCUUGAUCGAGGUUGCGGAGCGCGCAAAAGCGCGUCCGAAUCCGUCAACAGUCCAGCCUCGAAUCCUCUUCCUCAUAGAGAAGUACCCGCUUCUUCCUUCGUUGAAGUUGGUGGCGCUAGUCUUCAUUUCCAUUGGAAUUGAUCCCCGUCGAUAG